AUAGUGAGGUUUCUUCGUGUAGCUAAACCACAGAGAAACAUCAUAGCAUCAUAGUGAAGUGACUUGAAUCUACUGGGUGACACCUGAUACGCUCUCUGGCAAGUGUCUAGCUCUUGUGGAUCGUUUGGAACAGGGGCCCAAACAAAGAAGCCUGGAAUAGAGAAGAUGGCAGACAUACUGGAGGAGUUGAGACAACAGUGUCUGAGUAGAGGAGCAGCUGGAAUUAAAGGCUUAGCAAGAACCUUCCAUAUCAUGGAUGAUGAUGGCAGUAAAUCUUUAAACCUGGAAGAGUUUCAGAAAGGCCUGGAGACCUAUGGUUUGCAUGUUGCAAAGGAAAAGGCCAUGGAGCUCUUCACUUUUGUAGACAAAGAUAGAAGCGGCACCAUCAACUUCGAUGAAUUUCUUGAGAAACUAAGGCCCCCUAUGUCCAGUGUCAGAAAGCAGGUAAUCAAACAGGCCUUUGAUAAGCUGGACCGUACUGGUGAUGGCGUGGUGACUGUGCAAGACUUACAGGGAGUCUACCAAAGCAAACAUCAUCCCAAGUACAAGAGUGGCGAGUGGACCGAGGAACAAGUGUUCCGCUCUUUUCUCGACAGCUUUGACUCGCCAUACGAGAAAGAUGGAAAGGUCACUCUGGACGAGUUUGUGAAUUACUACAGCGGAGUCAGUGCCUCCAUCGACAAUGAUGAUUACUUUGUCACCAUGAUGAAGAAUGCUUGGAAGCUGUAAUCACCACAGCACUUCUGGCUGCAUGUGUGUAAACUAUUCACUUUGCUUGAAUUAAUUUUGAAUGAAGUAAAUUACAUUUUUGGCUAAAACAUUUCGUGGAAUUUUAAUUUGAAGGUGCUUAAACAUUGCAUAUUUGGUGCCUAAACAAUAAACUGGACCUGCAUUUCAACAGACCACCAAAAUACUUCAAUCCUAAUGACUAUAAAAAAAAACAAUUUCUUCCUCUGUCCAUAUCUCAAACAGCAGUGCAAUUAUUUCAUGGAGAGCAAGUAAAACUUUAAACAUUAGACCAGCGUUAAACAAUAAAUAUCACUGACACCCCCUGGUGGACACAAA